ACUGGAAUGCAAGACUAAAAUCUAUACUUGCGACUUCCUUUUUCAACCCUCUUUGUUUCUAGUUAAUCAAUUGGUUCCCUCUACCAUACAGGACUCGACUUUUCCACAGCAGCAGGACUUAGACCCCAAAAUAGUUACUAGUCGCAGAGCCCAUGGAGACUAAGAAACCGCAAGAAUCACCGCCGCAUGCAUGGCCUGCAAUGGACCAAGAGCUGUUCCACACCAGUAAUGAUCAGACGCAAUGGGACCAGGCUGCCGAGCAAAACGAAGCGACAGGGCAGGAAGAACACCACGAAGAAGAUGCCGAUUUUUACAAGGUCGUAACGACAGCCUUGAGCUUUGUGGCGUUUCUCUUCUCGCUUGUCGUCGUCGAAAUCAAGUAUUCGCUGCGACGCACGAGAAUGCACGCCGCUGAUAGAGGCAUUUGGAUACCGUGGCUGACACCUUAUAGACCGCGUACAAGGGAUUCACAAUGGCACUACCAGCGAGUUCAGAGUGAUUUGCUCAAAAUGGAAACGGCAGAUGCUUUCGAUAUGCGGGGGGCCAUGGCUGGUGUGGUAGUAGUUGUAUUAGUGGGUGCAUUGGCUUCCGUCUUAUUUGGAGCGCGAUUCGCUUUAUCCUGGUGGUACAGCCAAAUAUAGAGACUUGCUAUGAAUAAUGGCAUUAAUCAUGUACUGCGUUUCACUUAUGGUUUUGCGUUGCGAGAUAAUGUCAGACUACCUGCCUGGGCAUCAUCUGUGACAAGCACUAGGUGCGCUUGGGCUCAGACGUCCAAGAGCGACAGCCUCGUUUGAAGGCUGGCGCAACUUGUUGUCUGUGUUUGAAGUAGCGGUUGAUCAUAUCACGGUAGUGCAGUAUGAACAGUAAAAUGAUAUUAGUGGAAGGAAGAAUAAAUCGUUAAAUUGGCAUUAUAGACUGCUUGAGACAGUUUUUGUCCCUUGCUUAUUGUAGAGUAUAAGAGACCACGGCGGGCACCAACCAAUCCAUGGUGCACCCGUUUUCCAGAAUCAAAACAAAAAAAGGUAACAUACAAGGCCAAGAGAGCCUUGUUGUUGUUGUUGUUGUAAAUUGUAAAAGUGGGAGUAAGCGAGCGGAAGAAAGUAGUGUGAAGAUUGGAAGAUGGCGGCUUAAAAGUUAAGCGAACCCAUUCGUUCCUCGACGCUGCUCCAAUACACAACAGGUCGGGGCUCCAGCACCGUCAGCUCGCUGGAGAAGUUUUCCAAUUCAGCAGCGUGAUCGAUCAUAGAAGGUUGGUUGAAUAUGAUGCUGUUGAUGGAGCUCGCGUAGCUGCGGCGAUUGUCUGAUAUAGUGGACAUGUCAGCCGAUGACGAUGUUGACGAGCUACGGCUCGAGGAACGUUCUGAUGACGACGACUUGCGACCACGGCGGACAAAGUUGAAGAUGGAGGAAGGCAUUUUGAAGCAGGUGAGAAAGAAGGUUGAGAGAUGGAGGUGAGAAGAAUUAUUUGAAACAGCUAGUUGGCCUGCCAAAGAAGAGCUGCGUGGUGAAGUCGAGCGAUGAGGUAGGAUAUGGAGUGGUGGUGGGCGGAGGGUAUUAUAUCAAUUGAAGAAUUAACUGGGAAAGGGUACAAAGGCGCCGCUAGCCAGAGCGAGGGUUAUCGAGUAUGAUGACCGUGAAAAAGGCGAAAUAUGAAGACGAUGUAAUGUGAAUGUGCCCUUUGUAUCGAGGAGCCAGCCAAUGACCAAGAAGGGAAUCUGCCAGG